AUGUUUAAUCUCUUCCUCGCUACUGUAAGUUCCGAAAAGAGACCACAAAUCGAAGCUGAUAAAGUUCGUUUCCAGGGUUAUGGAAAGUUUAGCAAGACUGGCCACCAAAUAGCUAUCUCUUCUAAUCAAAGACUUUAUUACUACGCAAGCGUACACAUUAUUAACGCUUACUUCUCCAACUGUGUGGCUAAUGAUCUUAAUCUUAAAUGGCAAAUGUCAUGCGGUGGUGCUAUUUUCUUAAACAAGGGCAGCCUCUACUUCGAGAGAAAAGAUGGAUCCUAUUCAAGCAGUUUCGAUCAAUGCCAGGCUACAGAUAAGGGUGGUGCUAUCUACGCUUAUGAUAGUGCUUGCGACAUUUUCCAGGUUAACUUCUUCCGCUGCAAAGCUGGUAAUGAAGGUGGUGCUUACUAUCAUGAUGGUAUGCGCUAUUCUCGCCCAUACUAUGCCAAUGCUAAAUACAACACUCUUAUCAUCGAGUAUUGCACAUUCAAGGGCAACUUGGCUGACUCAUAUGGUGGUGCCCUUGCCGUCAAGGGUGCAGUCCCAUUCACAUUGAAAAACUCCAAGUUCCUUAAUAAUGGAGCUGUUGCAGGUGGCGCUUUAUAUGGCGAUUACUCUGACAUUACAAUGACUAAUAACUUAUUCGUUCUUAACUUUGGAGAUCAUACAAGACCUUGCCAAAACAAUAAGAAAUGCGGGUCUCCAAACUAUCAAUCGUUCAAAUACGUUCCAGCAGGUGCUAUCCUUAUUCGCUCAUCCCCAGAAUAUUUUCCAGUCGAUGUCUACUCAGCAGAAAACUGCUUCAACCAGAACUUCCUCCUUAACAACAGAUGGCCAGAUAAGAGCAAAACUUCUGUCAACAUUUUACUCCUCUUCGCUGUCAGAUUUAAAUCUGUAAACGAUAAAAUGAAGUGGCACACAGUUAAUGUUAUCGAUAACAUGACUUUGGCAAAAAAGUUUAACUAUCCAAAGGAGUACCCAUCCAAAUAUAUCCAAUUAAGAGCUAAUGGCAUUAAUAUUAGAUCCUUCGAAAUGACUGGAACAAGGCAGGAUGUUGAGGGUUGUAAAAUCGAUGGUUUUCCAGCAGUAACUCCAAUUCCACCAGCAACACCAAUUCCAACACCAUAUCCAACAGUCCCGACACCAGAUCCAACACAGCCACCGCCACCAACUCGUUCACUUGCUGCCACACCAUAUCCAACAAUCCCUCCACCAAGAACACCAUUCCCAUCAGCAACAAUUCCUCCAGCAACAAAGAAGAAGGAUACUCCAUUCCCAACACUCGCUCCACCUCAAACCCCAGCUCCAACACCAUCUCCAAUCCCAACUCGAGAGCCAACAGCUCCACCAACAGCCACACCAGCCGCAACCCGCUCAGCUAUUCCAACACCAAUCAGUGUUCCACCAACUAUAAACAUCACAAUUCCAGCCAAUGCUAGUGUUGACGAAGAAAUCAAUACAUCAGAUUGUGGUGAAAUGUGCAAGACCGAACACAUCCCAAUGCGUACACCAAAUGCUAUCACAAUCAAUUAUGAAUCCCCUGUUCCAAACACAGAAGAUAGCGCCAAUAACGCAAAGAAUGCAGUUAUUGGACGCAACACAGCUGCUCCAGAUGAGUCGGCCGUCGGUUUCGUCAUCGCUGCAGUUGCUGCCGUCGCCGCUGUCGGUGUUAUCGCAGGUAUCAUCUACACACUCACAAGAUCAAAGCCACCGCCAAUGGACUUAGAAAAUGCUGAACGGGUUAACAUGGGCAACGACAAUAAUGCUGUUGAAAAUGAUAACCCAAUCUACAACAAUAAUGCUGCUCAGGAUCCAUUCGCUGAUGAAUUCGAAGACGCAUAA